UACGCUGAGGCUUCCAGCAGUACCAGAUCGCGCGCUCAGCCUUCUUACCAUCACCACCAUCUACCAGAAACGGACCAAUGGAGGAGCUCAAUGCGUGCAGAAUACGGUGACAGCCUGCACAGCUUGGUUGGCAAAGAAGGCAUGCCCUCUCCCGCCAGACGACCACAACGACCCAGGAUCAGGUUUACCCCAGAGGAGGACCAGCUCCUGAUCGAGCUCAAAGAGCAGAAGAAUCUCACCUGGAAACAAAUUGCCGACUUUUUUCCUGGACGCAACUCGGGCACGUUGCAAGUGCGUUACUGUACAAAGUUGAGAGCUGAGGCCAUGCCGUGGACCAGAGAGAUGGACCAGAGACUCCUAGAAGCUCUGCAAAGUUACGAGGAUGAGAAAUGGCGAAACGUUGCGCAGAGAGUUGGAAAUGGCGUCACGCCGAUGGGAUGUUGCGAUCGAGUGUGGGAGCUA